AUGGAAGUGCUUCUGGCAUAUCAAAUGGAAGUGCUGGAAAACCUGAAGAAGGCAGAAAAAAACUAUAAAAAGACACCGAAAGAACGGAUUAAAAAACCAUAUUUGGAAACCAGAUUGGACAAUUUGGAGCAACUGUGGACAGUGUUUAAAGAUGGCCACAAGUCUAUUAUAGGCAAGGUGACCUUGAAGGACAAACAGCAUUCAUACUUCACGGAAGAUAUAUAUGAAGAGUUCGAGGAAUUAUAUGUAUCAUACAAAACUUUAUUGAAAGAAGCCCUGCAGCCUUAUGUCGCGUCAACGAGUGAAACUUCGUCCGUAACACCAAAAUUAAGUGCUGAACAAACGAGUGAGUCAGACAAACCCGUGAGUACACCUAUUUCAACAAAUUUUUCGAGUAGAGGUUUAGAACCGAGUCAAGUUUUGUUAGCUACUGUGUCUGUUUGGGCGUACAAUGAGUACGGGUACAAACAACAGUUAAGAGGAUUAUUAGAUCAAGGGUCGCAAGCGUCUUUUGUUAGCGAGUCAGUUGUUCAAUUGCUUGGACUUUCCCGUAAACAUGUUAGCGGUUCGGUUUCCGGUAUAGGUGGCGGUAGCCACACGAAUGUCAAGCACAUGGUUUCUCUUCGAGUGGUAUCACGUCAUAACCCUGAGGUUUCAAUCCAAGUAAAUGCAUAUGUUUUGCGAUCUGUUACGUCAUUGCUUCCUUCAACCGAGUUACAUUCACCUGAUUGGCUACAUUUAGAUAAAAUACCGCUAGCCGAUCCAGGUUACGCCACACCUAGUAAAAUUGAUAUUCUUCUUGGAGCAGAAGUAUACAGCGAGAUUUUAUUGGAUGGUAUUGUGCGUCACAAUAAAAUAUUGGCACAAAACACUACCCUAGGUUGGGUAUUAUCAGGGAGGGUGUCAAAAAAUUCAACUUCUGCUGAUAAUGGAAUAAUCACCAUGCAUUUACACUUAAGUGGAGAAGAACUGCUUAGAAAAUUUUGGGAAAUGGAAAAUGAGCCCAACCUGAUACAGAAGAAGAUGACAGACACAGAAAAACAAUGUGAAGAAUUUUAUGACAAAACAACAACACGAGAUAAAGAAGGAAGAUUUAUAGUUAAAUUACCUUUUGAUAAAGAAGAUCCAGAGUGUCAAUAUGGAAAAUCAGUAAUAAUAGCUACAAGAAGAUAUGAGUAUUUAGAAAGGAAAUUACAGCAAGAUCCUACCCUAAAGGAAACAUAUAACAAUGUUCUACAAGAAUAUCUUACAAUGAAUCAUAUGACACCAAUAAAAAAAGAAGACGUAGAUAAUCCCAAAGCAGUUUAUCUCCCUCACCACGCCGUGGUUCGACAAGAUAAAGACACCUCAAAAGUGAGAGUAGUUUUCGAUGGGUCAUGUAAAGGAUUAAACAACUUUUCGCUUAAUGAUAAUCUGAUGGUGGGUCCCAAGUUACAACAGGAUUUGAGACACAUUCUAAUGCGUUGGAGAAGCCACAGGAUAUGCAUAGUAGCAGAUAUCGUUAAGAUGUUUAGAAUGGUGAAAGUCAAUUCUGAGGACACAGACUUUCAAAGAAUUGUAUGGAGACCACAAGCAAACGAGCCGUUACAACAUUUCAAAUUAUUGCGAGUGACCUUUGGUACUGCGUGCGCACCAUAUUUGGCUGUAAAAACCCUUCAAAGGUUAGCUGAUGAAGAACAUGCAAGAUUUCCUACUGCAUCAAGUAUUACAAAGAGGGACUUCUAUAUUGACGAUCUCUUGACUGGCUGUAUUGUCGGAUGUGGCCCGACUGUACGACCCAUUAGGAUGGAUUGCGCCCGUGAUCAUCAAGGCAAAAAUAUUUAUCCAAAAGCUGUGGAAGUCGAAGCUUGA